AUGUCAGCACUAUCUGCAGUAGCAGUAUGCAUCAUAAUCGUUGCUGUGGUCUUCACAAUAACAUUUGUCGUCUUCUAUAUCAAUAGAGAAGACGUGAGCCUUUUCAUACUUUACCACUUCCAGAAGUUUCGUCUUAGACAUAUCACACCAAGACCAAGAAUUACUGGUAUUUCACCAACUACUCAAUCAUCAAGAACAAUGGAGAAAAUUGACACCCAUCACCAUAUGAUUCCACCCAUUUACCUUGACCAUAUCAAACAGCAACCAAAAGCACCCGGUGGCUUAAUAUUUCCUUCGUGGUCCCCACAAAUCUCUCUCGAUUUCAUGACCCGAAAUGGUAUAUCUACCUCGAUAUUAUCAUUUGCUCAUACCGCCCUCACCGAUGCUUCCCUCUGCCAACAAAUAAACAUCUAUGCCCACAAUUUGCGUCUCCAAUAUCCCACUAAAUUCGGUUUCUUCGCCACUAUUCCCGCGAUAACCGAAUCUUCUCUCCCGGACGUACUCUCCAGCAUCAAGUUUUGCUACGAAGAGCUCAAUCCUGAAGGUGUCACACUUCUGACUAGCUACGAUGGAAGAUACCUCGGACACGCAUCAUUUCGUCCUAUUUGGGAAGAAUUGAAUCGGGUCAACGCAGUGAUAUUCAUUCACCCUAUUGCCAAUUCAUCCUCCCCGUCACCUCCAAUUCACGCCUCAUUAAUACCUCCUAUUAUAGACUUCACUCAUGAAACAACCCGCACAGCCUGCUCACUCAUAUAUUCCAAUACCUUAUCCUCUUACCCUGAUCUCAAAAUCAUUCUUUCACACGCAGGCGGCACCCUUCCCUACAUCAGCACACGCGUAGCUAACUUGACUUAUGACGCUUCUCUCAGUGUCAAAACGCCCGAGCACUUCAUGCGGGAAGCUAAAAGCUUUUAUACAGACAUGGCAGCGAGCAGUUAUAGCGGACCUCUGGAAUAUAUAGAGGGGUGGUUGGGGCCAGGUAAAACCACAUAUGGGAGUGAUUUUCCGUUUAUCAGGGAGAAGACUACGGUGAAGGAGUUGGGAUUUCUGGACGGAUGGAUGCAUAAGAAUGGAGAAGAAGGAAAGGCUGUGAUGAGAGGAACGGCAUUGAAUUUAUUCCCAAGGCUGAAGGAUCAGAUUGAGCAGGCUCGGGUUACUAAAAAAGAAACAUUGGCUGAAAAUGUUACCACCGGCAGUGGUGAAAAUGGCAUCAUUGGAGAGCGAAAUGUUUGA